UAACACUUCAGAGCUCUCAAACUGAGAGUCAAUUGCAUAUAACCAAUUUUAUAAAUGGAUCUUUAUACAUCAGUGGCCACCCUCUUUGCUAUCCUCGGAGCUCUUCAAUUGCUUCUCCAUUACUUCUGGCGAGCCAGGAAGCUGCCGCCGGGUCCUUGGCCGCUUCCGGUGAUCGGAAACCUCCACAUGCUGGGCAAACUGCCCCACCAAAGUCUGCGCAAACUGGCCAAGACAUAUGGCCCCAUCAUGUCCAUCCAUCUUGGCACUGUGCCUGCCAUCGUGGCCUCGUCCCGUGAAGCCGCUGAGCUAUUCCUCAAAACCCAUGACCGGGCCUUUGCAGGCCGCCCUAAAACCCUAGCCAUUGAGCACGUAUUUUACAGCGGGAAGGGCAUCGCCUUCACAGACUAUGGGCCCUACUGGCAGAAUGUCAGGAAACUAUGCAUUUCGCAACUCUUUAGCCCAUCGAAGAUUGAUCGCUUUGGGGCGAUGAGGAAGGAGGGGCUCUGCCAUAUUGUGAGGAAGAUCAAGGAGGCUGCUGUGGCGGACCAGGUGGUGGACGUUAGCGCGCUAGUGGAGGAGCUUAUCGGAGACAUGUCCUUUAGAAUGAUCUUAGGGAGCAGUUUCAAGGACAGGUCCAAUUUGAAGGCUAUUAUUCAUGAGGGACUACGCUUAGCUGGUACCUUUAAUCUUGCUGAUUACGUGCCAUUAUUCCGGGCAUUUGAUCUUCAGGGAAUAACUCAACGGUCCAAGGAAAUCCAUGUGAGCAUUGACAAAGUGCUGGAGGAGAUUAUUGACGAACACGAAAGAAAUGAUGUGGAAUCAGAAAGCGUCGGAGUCUUUGUGGACGUGUUACUCUCCAUGAUGAACCAGUCAUUAGAUACGGACAACAAUAAACUUACAGUUUCACUCAACCGAACCAACCUCAAGGCUAUCCUACUAGAUAUGAUCACAGGUUCCUACGAGUCCUCGUCAAUCGCGAUCAACUGGGCAUUCUCGGAACUCCUGAGGAAUCCACAUGUGAUGGCUCAGCUCCAGGAAGAGCUCAAUACGGUUGUCGGGAUGGAUCGGAUGGUUGAGGAAGCAGAUUUAAUGAAGUUAAACUAUCUAGAGAUGGUAGUGAAGGAAACCCUGAGACUUCAUCCUGUUGAGCCACUGCUACUUCCCCACGAAUGCAAGGAGGAUACAGUAAUCAACGGAUAUCAUAUACCCAAGAAGUCGCGGAUCAUUGUGAAUGUUGGGGCUAUCGGGAGAGACCCAAAAAUUUGGUCAGGCAAUGCUGAAGAGUUUAUUCCUGAGAGAUUCAUCGACAACGAUAUAGAUCUCAAAGGACAUGACUUCCAGCUCAUCCCGUUCGGAUCCGGAAGGAGAAUUUGCCCUGGAAUGGUGCUAGGGUUAAUAAAUGUCCAACUCGUUGCUGCACAGUUGGUGCAUUGUUUCAAGUGGGAACUACCCCAUGGAAUGUUGCCGUGUGAGUUGGAUAUGACAGAGGAGUAUGGCAUGUCAUGUUCUAGGGCUAAUCAUCUUCUUUUGAAGCCUACUUAUCGUUUGCUAGUUUAAAUUCAGACAUUUAAAGGAAGAUGUUUUAGUGCAGUCGCAGAAGAUGUCUACGACUCAGACACCAAAAGGUCUCAAGUUCGAUCAUCACCAGUGGGUUCUAUGUAUCCUAUAUUUCGCUUUGAUUUCCUAUCAUUAUUAGCUCAUCGGCUCCCUCAUGACGGGAAAAAAUAAAAUUAGGACAUUUAUUUUCAGUCCUAUUACUUAUACAAAUAUAUAUAAUUCCGUAGUAGUAGUAGUCAAUAUGAUGCUUGGCAAGGUAUUCAAAAUAUAUUAGAUGUAAGAAAAGAUUCUGCAAUGCAAGUCGAUAUAUAUCUUUAUAUAUAUAUACA